CGUGCGUCCGUGCGUGCGCGCGCGCGCGCGCGUGGGUGUGCGUGCGUGCGUACGUGCGGCGCUUCCGGCCGGCAGAGCAGGAUGGUGCUGCUGGAGAGCGAGCAGUUCCUGACAGAGCUUACCAGACUCUUUCAAAAGUGCAGAACUUCGGGGAGCGUUUUCAUAACGCUGAAGAAAUAUGAUGGCCGAACAAAACCAGUCCCACGCAAAGGCCACGUAGAAAGUUUUGAACCAGCAGACAAUAAGUGUCUUCUAAGAGCAACUGAUGGAAAGAAGAAAAUUAGCACAGUGGUGAGCUCAAAGGAAGUAAAUAAAUUCCAGAUGGCAUAUUCAAAUUUGCUGAGAGCCAACAUGGAUGGCUUGAAGAAAAAAGACAAGAAAAGCAAAACCAAGAAGAGUAAAGCAACACAGUGACAGAAGAACGUCCUACCAUCACUGUAACAGACUUGACCCUUGCUCAAAGCAAAGUCCAUUUCUUUUUGAGUUACCACUUGUCUUUGGUUUUCCUUCCAGCAGGAUACUGGGAUGCAAUCAGUACUUUUGUUUAAACUGGGAGCAGAAGGUGCUUUCUAUGGAUUGUUGUAUGGCAGGAGUAUUUACAGGGUUAUACUGAAAUAGCUUUACACUCAGCUGCCAACUAGUUUUGUACUUCCACUGCUGUUUGUUUUGUAUUAUACAAGCGAGCAGUGUAAAACCUGUUUGGGAGGGUCACACAGGGUGAAGAAGAGAAAUGCACCAUACCAGGAGCAAAAUAAGACUGGAGCAGGGGUCUCAGUGACAGAUGCCCAGUUUUAUAGAUGAACCUCAGUAGUACUAGGGAAAGUGGGUGCCAACAUAUUACUAAGAACAGCAGCUUUCCUGUUUCUGUCUUACUUUGAGGGACAUGUCUACAUGAUGCAGUGCAGAUACCCCAACGGCAGCCAGCGCAGUGCUUGAGCUGUUGCAGAGCCAGGCAGCUGUGCCUGUGCUGAUCCAGCUGUGCUGAGCCUGGUUCAGGGUGGGGGGAGGGCAGGACUCUGCAUCAUGUUCCCUUCAGACAUGGCUUAAAAAUGCUCAUGUCAUCUAAACUUUUUUUUAAAGCUUCAUCCUUCAGUAUAUUCUUAAAGUAGCUCCUUCGUAUGAGCAGAUGUAAAAGGUGAAUACUUAAUUGUUACUAUUAAACACAAUGAGAAAUGGA